AUGGGCGAACGCCCCCACCAACUCCGACGGGACAUACCUCCUACGGUGCUCCCGGUUCCUGCUGAGCUCGUGGUGAACCUGGAGUCAUCUGAUUCUAGACCCACACUUGCUCUUCAGAGAAGCAUCAAUAGGGACCCUGACCAUAUUCUCUCCAGACCCACCUAUAGCAGGUUGGAUAGCCAGGGGCAUACAUAAAGUAAAGGACCUACUGGAAGGAAGCAAAAUCAAACUGUUCCCUGAUCUCCAGCGGGAAUUUUCUCUACCCCAAAGGGACAUGUACCUCUACCUUAGAACAAAAAACAUCCUGUUACCUCACACACGCAAAACAAGUGCAGGGACUAAAGACCCACCCCUGCUGCUCAAUAGGGUCCUCACCAUUAAGUUUGGGAAACCUCUGUCCAUGUGCUAUAAUGCCCUUCUGGAGGCCCAAUCGUGUGAGGAAAGAUCCAAUAUGAAACAAUGGGAGGGGGAGCUAGGCCACCAACUAACUAUGGCACAAUGGUACGAGGCACUAUCCAACACAAAGAGUGCAUCCAAGAGCCUCUCGCUGUGGGAAGCAUACUGCAAAAUAGCCAUGAGAUGGUACCUGGUCCCACAUAGACUGGCAAAGAUUUGCAAGGGCGCAUCCAAGCUCUGCUGGCGAUGUGAGGGGGGAGCGGGUACCAUGCUACACAUGUUCUGGGACUGUCAUUCAUUGGGUGCAUUUUGGACACAGAUACAAAACCUCAUCUCGAGCACUACAGGCCUCCUUGUUCAGUUGCGACCAGAACACUACCUGCUACACAUGAUACCUGGAAUUUCACCACACCCCCACAAGAAAGUACUUAUAAACAUACUCAUGGUAGCAAAAAUCCUACUAGCCCAAAACUGGAAAAGCAAAACAAUACCAACCAUGGCAACAAUCACGGAAAGAUUGGAUGUCAUAAGCUCGUACGAGCGGAUGGCUAGCAGGGUGCAGGGACAGGAAAAAAAAAAUAUGAUAGAGAAUAGGCAAGUUGGAACCUUAGGUCAUGAGCUCCUGCCCCUCGUAGAGUACCCAACUCAGACACUAUCAAUCACAAAGUAA